AUGGGUAACGAAUCUUCACGAGAUAUGAACGGUUAGUUUAUUUUCUUUUUCAAAAAAAACUUCAUUUUCUUCGUGAGCUGAGCAAAAUCAACAACAACAAGAAAACAUUUGAAGUAUAUAACAACAACAACAAUAAUAUUUUCUUCUUUUUGCAAACUAUUUACGGAUGUUAUUGUGGUGCUCAAUUUUGUUCGUUCGAAAUCACAUAGAGACGAAAAGCACACACGUCCUUGAUCAGCCCUAUAACGUGACAUAUUGCUCUUUGUUUUUGCUCAUAUCCAGUCAAAAAACCGUGUGACUUGACUUGACCAAGCACGAGCGUUUUUCUCGAAAAACAUUCAUUCAUUUUUUUUUUUCUAAUUACAAAAAACUACUCCUGUUAAUAUAUUUAACUUAUUUAUUUAUUAUGGUUCGAUUAACCAGAUAUUCUGAAGAACGAGAUAUUCCAUCAAGAUCAUCUAGAGUUUCACCAUUUUUUGGUCCAUACAACAACUGUAACUCGAUUGACGAGUUAUGUGAUCGUUUUACACGUUAUCAUCGACAUGUUCGAGGUGACUAAUAAUUCAUAUUUGCUUUUUUAUCAUGCACUAUUUUAGUAUGUAUCAACACUUUUUUUAGAGCAAAACAAACUAUCAAAAUUUGUUAGUUUACCUUGGAGACAAAAUCUGAAAUAUAAACAUUAAAAAAUAUUUACAUCAUAAUAGUUCUGAAAUUUGCGGCAUCUGUUUCAUGAAACGUUCAUCCACAUAUUUUUUCGUUGUAAUAGUUGUGAGCAGGUGGAGAUGAGAUGAGCUUCGAUUCAUAUUUCUAUUUCCACACAUUUCCCAACACUUUCCUCUUAUUCAAUAAUUUUUAUUUCAGAUAUGGUAAACAUGUUUCAAGUAGACGCUGAAACUCAGGAAAUUAUUAAUCAGAGUUAGUUUAUUUUUUAAAGUAAAAUUUUUCUAUACAUAAAACAAUGUAUUUCAGCACCGACAACCCGUCCACCAUUAGGAUUUCAUAAUAUUCGAGGCGCAAACGUAGUUUUACAACGAAGUGAGUUUUAUUACAACAUGAUCAGAAUAUUCAAUGAAAAAUCGAGAUGAAUAAUUUUUAGAUGGACGAGUUGCACGACGACGCGAAAGUUUUUGUAAAGGUCUAGCAUUCUCAAAUCGACCGGUUGAAAUUGACGAAAAUGUAUGUAUCAAGUUAAGCGAAGUGGCAACAAAUUGGUCAGGAGUUUUGCGAUUUGGAGUAACAAAUUUCGAUCCGGAUACAUAUCGAAAUAUUCCGGUGCCAAAGUAAAUAAACAAACAAUCAAUAUUGUUUUCAGAAAUAAAUAUAUUCAUUAAUUUGUUUUCAGGUUUGCAUGUCCCGAUUUAACAACAAAAGAUGGUUAUUGGGCAAAAGCGCUUCCUGAAAGAUAUUCUGUUGAAGGCAAUAUUUUGCAUUUUUAUGUUAAUCGAGCUGGAGAAUUGUAUUACGGUAUCAAUGGCUCACAAAAAGGAAUAUUUCUUUCAACUAUCAAUACAACUCUUCCAAUGUGGUUAAUUGUUGAUAUUUAUGGAAAUUCAGUUGCUCUCGAGUUUCUAGGUGAGAUUUUUUGAUUUUCUGGUUUUUUGCUUACAGUAAAAAAAUUUUUCGAUAGCCAACAUUUUUAAAUUCACAACAUCAGAUAAAAAUACUUGAAAUAGAAUGUUCUAUAGGGAUUUUAAUAAACCCAUUUUUUUCAAAAAUAAAACCCGAUAAAUCAAUAAACCCAUGUUGUUUCAAGUGACCGAUCAGUCGGAAACCGGUUUUUGUUUUUCUGUUUUCCUUAUUUCCUCAAAAUGACUCAUCGAGCUUUAUGUUUAUUUUUUCUCAGACGCGUCCGAGUUUCGUCCACGUCGAUCAGCAACUCAACCGCCACCAAUAACACCAUCUACUAUGCCGCCAGUUCACGUUCCGCCACCUAGAAUUGCACCAACGCCACCAACCGCUGAAGAUAGCUCAAGUAGAAGACAUUUGCGAAUGAUGAGAAAUGGUGAGUUUUUUUGGAUCUAUUCAAAACGGGAUACUGUAAAUCAAUUCAUUGAUCCCCAUAGUUUGUGAAAUUCAAUAAUUUUUCAGUGCCGUUGCAACCAUUACGUUUUCACCGUGUUACUGGCCGUCACAUCACCCUCAACAGUAUGAAAGAUAUGGCAGUUCGAGAUUCGGCUGAAUAUUCGCAAGGAUAUGUGUUCACUGAAAGACCGAUGAAAAAUAAUGAGAAAGUUUGUGUGAUGGUUAGUUUUUUUCCCGUUUCUGAAGAAAAAACACCUUGAUGCUCUAGCAAGAUGAAAAUAUUCAGGUGAACGCCAUCGAACCGUUGUAUGAGGGAGGUCUUGCUUUUGGAUUCACAUGUUGCGAUCCAUCAAAUUUGCGAACCACCGAACUUCCUGAUGAUUCUUCCGAUCUUAUUGAAAUGCCGGAUUAUUGGGUUGGAAUCAAGGAUAUUGCACUUCAACCAAAAGUUGAUAGCUUACUUUCAUUUUGGAUGACUGAAUCAGGUAAUUUUCAGAUUUUCGUUGGAAACAAAAGGUUUAUUUUAUCGAAAAAUAUAAGAUUGCGUUAGAUUCUGUUUCUUAAUCUUCAAAAUAAGCUAUCCUGAUUCCCUGAAACUAUUGAAGGAGAGAAUAAAAAAAAACUAAUUGUGAAACAAUGGGGUCCUGCAUAGAAUUUCAGCAUAAAAAUCUCAUCGUUUUGCAGGAGAGGUGUUUUUUGAAAUUGACAAUCGUGGACCUCGUUCCGUCCUUUUCGUCGACAACACAAUUGAUUUAUAUAUGUACUUUGAUGUGUAUGGCGCAACAACUGCAAUCAAACUUCUCGGUUGGUGCGACGCAAAUGCUACGGCCGCAAGUAGCGCAACAACAAGUGCAUCCUCAUCAACACGAACAGAACAACAUCGCAAUUUCUGUCCAUCAAUUCCUGUUCGACCAGCUAGGUUUGUGUUUUUUUUUGAUAUAGGGUCAAUGCACUUUUUUUCCUUCCUGAUCAGCUGUUAAGUUUAUGAUUGUCAUGUGUUUUCAUUUUUUAUUUUUUCAGAGAGACACCAGGAGGUGCAAAUGGAUUAAGAGUUGAUUUAACGAGAACAUCUCCUGUAUAUAACGGGAUCACGAGACCAACGAUGAGUGUCGAUGAAAUUUUGGAAACUCCAAUCACACCUCAAAAUGUAAACAUUUUCUCGUGUUGAAUAAAAAAACAAUAAUAAUUUCUGUUCAGAUCACACCAAUUACUCCAACAUUCCGAAAUAUUGAACCACCUGCAAUACCAAGUCGACCAGCACCAAUUGCUCCGCCACCAACUUGUCCGCCACCAAGACCACCAGUUCCCGCAAAAGAAGCUACACCAAGUAGUAAUGAUGGACCAGAAAAUGAUGGAGAGUGUGUGGUAAGUUAUGAUAAAGCUUCAGAUUGAAUCGGGUUUAGAUUUUUGCCAGCUUUGGUUCGAAAAAUAUUUGUAAAAAAUUACCAGCCCUGGUUCAGAAAAGUUCCAAAAGAUUCCGGUAAAAGUUGAUGAAUGAACCCAGCUAAACCUUUUUCAAAAAAAACAAUUAUUUUUUCAGCUCUGUAUGGAAGCCAAAGUGAACGCAGUUCUAUACACUUGCGGUCACAUGUGUAUGUGUUACAAUUGUGCACAACGUCUUCUAGAAACUCGCCUUCCAUGUUGUCCAAUUUGUCGAGCUCAAAUUCGCGACGUUAUUCGUUGUUUCAAAUCUUAA